UUCAAAGCGAGUCCCGCCUUCUAAAUGUUUGCCGUGAUGAACACAUCCUUCAGGUGAUGUAAGCUAUGCAGGCUCAGAAGUACGGCUCCUAAAGCAGAAGAAAGGUAUUGAGCACAGUGGUGUAGAGAUGUUCAGGAGAGAGCGCGGGAGCACAUAGACUGAGAUGGACAGCAGGCCCCCCCGAAGAGGACGGUGGAUCAUUAUGGGAGUCAAAUGCAGGGCUUGUGUAGCCAUUGUAUUCAUCCUCCUUUUGCUUGGCUCCAUGUGGCUACACGGGAACCUGGAGGACCACUGGAAUUCUUGCCCAAAGGUUUCUAGUGUAAAAAAUAAGGGUCUGUCUUUGAUUAGAGUUAAUAGUUCGGAUGAUGAUGUGGCUCCAUUGAGGGUGUGUCCUGGCAACAGCUUUCAAGUUGCUAAUUUGCUGGCUCACCUGCAGGCAGCACCACUCUCAACCAAUGAUGUGCUUCUAAAACCAUACUUGGCAAGCUGGGAUGAGCUAAUCAAGUUUUUGGAAGCCCUGGGGCCAAUGGUGGGUUUAAUUUCACAAGAAAUUGAAUCGAAAACCGCCAUCAUUCGUGACCUGACCCAAAAUGCGGAGAAAGAGGCAGAGAAGAAAAUGAAAGACAGAAAAAGAAUGCCUGAGCAAAGUGACCGAGUCUUAAUGAAAUCUCAUAACGGAUCUCUGAACUACUCUAAAAUGAAUCACAGACUCUCAUUUGGUUAUACUUCUGUUCGGUCUAUGAUUAAAUGGGAGCUGGAAAACGGUUUGGUGGACUUCCACAAGCAGACGAACUCUGGCUGCAGGACUCUGUUACGCUUGCAUCGUGCUCUGCUCUGGCUGCAAAACUUCCUGCAGGAACUGGGGAAGGAUGCAAGCGAAGGGGAGCAUCUACGAAGUCCUUCUGACCUCUGCAAAGAAACUUAUCAGCGCACACUGGCCCACCAUCACACCUGGUGGGUUAGGAAAGGAGCGGAACUGGCCUUUCUUGCCAUGCCUGAACGACCUUAUUUCUACCAGUUGGUGUGUGUGGAAACGCAGUCAGAAGCUGCUGUGGUGCUAAACAGGGUAGUGAGAGCGAUAGGAGAAGUGUACGAGAGAAAUGAAGUCGCUCUACAGGAGCACGGCAUGCUGGACCUACCCUGAGUGUAGAAAGAAGGAGAAAAAAUGACAGGAAAUAUGAGUGGGACCAACCUGAAGAACAAGGCACUAAAUUAUAAGACUGGAGUUUGAACCCUUAUGAAGAAAGAAUAAAGACACUGCUGGAUGAAUACAAGGCUUAUUUAUUCAUACUGAUGUACUCAAAUUAAGUAAAAUUUUCUUAAAGAGAUAGUGACCUCUUUCUUGAAUUUAUAAGUGACCAAAUUCAUGAGUUCAUUUGGAAAUUUUUUUUAUAACAAAAUCCCACUAUCAAAAAUGUAACAGGUUUGUUGUUAAAACAACUAAAUAUGCUGUAUAUUGUUGGUGCUUGUCAUCUUUUUUUUCCUGAUAUUGUAAAAAGCCAUACAUUGAUUCUUGUGAAAAUAUUUGCGGUUUUCAGUAGAUUUGCACAAUAAUGCAACUGUUUGAUUGUGAAAGAUGCAGCAGUGCAGGCUCAGCAAAAGGGACAGACUCGUCCGAAGUCCUGUUUCAACAGAAGAACGUUUUUACAAUCCAUAUGCUUAUCAGAAGCAGUUUUAUAACAGUGUGACUGAUACCUAAUGAUUGCUCAGGGGAUAUUCUCUCGGAGGCACACACAUCCAUUUGGGCAUGACAAACUGGAUAGCAAUGUGUUUACAGAACUCCUACAGAAACCACUCAAGGGGACUAAAAGUUGCCCUAAAUGAAGAGCACAGAGGGGUAUUAUACUGUAUUAUACUGUAAUUUGAAAUAAUUUUGAACAGUACAUUUGAAAACGUACUGAAAUGUAUUGUCUACAACCUUAAUAAUAACAAUUUUAAAAUAGUUAUUUUUAAUUAUACUACCAUAAACUACACAAACAGAUGCAAACAUUACACGUACCUCAUAUUCUGUCACAUAUGCAUAUUAUUCUAGGAAACUAAAGCUAAUGGAAACAAAGUUCUCAAAUCAAGUCACCCUCAAUUGAAAUGGUGAAAGGGCACCAUAGUGUUAGAGAAACUGGAGAAACCUAAACCUUUUUACCUUGAAAACUGAUUUCUGGAAAUGAUAAUGCAGUUUGUAUUGAAGAGAUUUUGGUAAUGGUUUAUUUCAAUACAUCAGAUUUAUGAACACAUAAGGUGUUUAUACAGUAUAAUUAAACUUUAGUCAAUAUAA